CUCCAUAAUAAUACUAGUGAUCCAAGCUGGAAAUACACCCAGUCAUUUGUGAUGGACGGAAAUUUCAAAGCCGAACAUCUGCAUCCCAUUAAGCCAUUCGAUGAAGUUUGGCUUUCUGAUGGGCUUGGAUUCAUGGUAGGAAAGGACAGGUAUAAAAUGCAUCUGGCAGAGGCUGCUGACACGGUGGAAAAAUCAAGCUGCAACAACCACCGGGCAGUAAAUCAAGCUAAUGCUGCUCGGCACAAGCUGGAGUCCACCGGUAUCGGGGGAGUUGCCUGUGCCAGACACGGUUGCUUUAAAGGCGAAAGACAAAUGAACAUGGACUACGCCCUUUGCGAGGCUUCCCGGCACAACAUGGAAGGCAUCACCAGGGCUGUCACCUUCUAUGAUAUUAAUUGUCAAUACAACAAACACUUUCGGGUUCGGGUGGAUCGAAGUCGAUUUCUAGACAUGGCACCACAACUAACCAUCAUUCCCGGAAUUGGGUUGUGGCACAUUCAUGGCCAUCAGGACAGCUGCUAUGUCCGAUAUGCUUCUAACUUUAUUGAAGGCAUUGGUCGGAUCGAUGGAGAGAUCAUGGAGACGCUAUGGGCACGGCUCAAUCUGAUUUCCCCUGCUGCUCGGGGAAUGAAUGGCAUCUCGGAAAGUGGAAAGGCAUUCGACAGACUCGAUGAAGCAGCACCCUCACAUUUGAAGACAGAAUGGUUAGCCAGGGAGAGGAUAGCUCAGUCAAGCAGAUUGAAUGAUCCUGCGGCGAUGGAUGAAUAUGAGAUCAAUAUAAAAAAGGCACCAAGCAAAAAGGAGAUCGAGCUUAGAUUAUUAGAGGAGGGUAACGCCCGCAAUGCAGCACCCUCUCGCAGAUCUGUGGCGACGUGGAUAUCAACAGGGUUAGCAAUUGAAGAGGCUCAGAUUGCAUUGCUCAUCGAGGUCCGAAGGAUCGGAAGAAGAUCCACUGAGACACAGAGAUUAGACAUUGCCCGUCAACGCGAUCGGCUCCAAGGCCAGAUAGAUGGAUUUGCUCGGUCUGCUCUAACACAUCUCGGGGAGGGAUUUGAUGCAGAUGAUGAACCUGAGGACUUGAACGUAGACAUUCUAGAUGAUCUCGAUGAUGACCCGGCGGAUUUCACAGAGACAUCUCAUACAUGGACAAACUCUCCCGAGCUCACUGUAAUCCCGUUGCCAUCAAACCUGGGUGUUGAUAGAUGCAGACGAUGCAUGGCAGAGGAUCUGAUUCCCCUGGAGAUGUCUCUUCGUGAAGGGCAGGCCAAUGAUGCCCUUCACAAUCUCCGCAUUUACCUUUGCAACAAGGCCAUCCUGUUCCGAACAACCGUUUGGCAGGCCAAAUCCCAGGCCCUGAAAACUCGAGCUUGGUCCCAGGUGACGUCGGUGCAGCAGGCAGUCUCCCUCCAUGCCAGCAUAUAUACAAAGACCAGGAAGCAAAUGAUGAAACUUGAGCCGGGGCAAGACCAGCUUCAGAAAUACAAACCCCUGCUUCGCGAGCAACUCAAAAUCAGCACUGCAGUGGGCGACCCAAAUGCCCGAGGUCAACGAAAUGAAUCUUUGGCUUGGUUUUGGUCUGUUGAAGUCGACCUCAGGGGUCCUGAUCAAUCGUGGAAUGAGGAAUGUGAGUUCCUGCUUGCAUGUCAUAUCCCAUGGUUACCUGACUGGACCCAUGCCAAGUUUACCGAGUCCAUUGGCUGCGGGCAAAGGCACUACGAGAUCGAUGGAGGGAAGAAAUGAUAUUGGUCAAAUUGGAGAUGGAUUGGACAUGUAAGUUCUUUUUGUGGAAAGCAACCCAAUGGGGCGACCACAUGCAGGAAUCAUUGGAGAAACGCCUUCCGGGUCACGGAUGCUAUGCCGGAAGGCAAUCACGAAUGUAUUCAUUGCUCGCACAGGAUGCGCAGGCAGCUUUUCAAGACCUACAAAACGUGUUGAUAGAGGCUGGAGAUGAAUGAACA